AUGUUGCAGCCCUUCUGGCGUGGAAUUUCUGGAGGGAAUUUCCGACAAAGAGCCUUGGCAAAGCUAACAGUUAUCAACUCCCUGCUUGGACAUCCCGUACUUCAGAGUUUGCACGUAAAAGUCGGAGACAAAGCUGAACUUACCAAAGCUUUUACACAGAAUGAUGUUGUUACCUUUUCUGAUUUAACAGGUGACACAAAUCCUUUGCAUUUAAAUGAAGAUUUUGCAAAGAAAUCUAGGUUUGGGAGGACUAUUGUUCAUGGAGUUUUGAUCAAUGGACUUAUUUCUGCAGUUCUGGGUACUAAAAUGCCCGGUGAAGGUUGUAUAUUUCUUUCUCAGGAGAUCCGAUUUCCAUCUCCGUUGUAUACUGGUGAAGAAGUUGUAGCUGCAGCGGAAGUUCAACGACUGAAGGGUUCUAUUGCACACAUUUCAGUAUCAUGUAAAGUCAAAGAAAGUGGAAAGACUGUGAUGGAAGGGACAGUGAAAGUCAUGGUGCCAGGCAGGUAG